AUGAGUCGAGGGUCAAGGUCAGAAGAUGGUGAAUAUUCCUUCCAAAUUUCGUCGCCUCAAAAACAACAGCAACCGCUCUUUAUACCCUUGAAAAAUGUCACUGAAACGGGCAAACUUUUCGAUAUUGUUAGUGUCAAGGGCAAGAUUACGAAAAAGGGCAAGACGAAAGUUGUCGGAAGGAAUCAGUUAAAUCUCGCUGAGACAAUGCUAUGUGAUGGAUCAUCGUCCAUAAAACUGGACCUUUAGCAAGGUCAUAUUUCUCUUGUUGAAGUUGGUGGACUAUAUUCAUUCACCGGAUUGCGAAUAAAAGAGUGGAAUAACAUCAUCAACCUGAGUACUACCCAAGACUCGAACAUUAUGCUCUUGUCCAAUAAAGAGCAUAUGCUAUCUUGUUGUCGGUCAGCAUUGAUGAAAACGAGAUAGAAACUACGGAAUCGAACCCGGCUGUGAAAGUGACAUGUAUGUAUAAUAAUAAGAAAAUCAUCGUAAGAAAGUCAAACACUGAAGACUCGGGAAAAUCGGUAGUAAAGUGCAAUUUGUGCGGACACACAAUAAAUCGAAGCUGCUGUAAGAAAAAUAUCUUUGUCAGCGUAAUGAUGGAAAUCAGUGGGAAACAAGAGCCUUUUCGUCUCAUUUUGUUUAAAGAUAUGUUGCUAAAGGUUUUACCCACAUUUGGUGAUUACUCGAUUGACUCAACAUAACAAUAACGUUGAGCUAGCAAAUGACAAGGGAGCUUAAAACAUUUCAUAAUAAACUAUUUUAUAUAAUUGACAGUUUGUUUGAACUUUAAAAAUGUUGGUAAUUCUAUACAGUAUUGGGAUGGGAUUUAUAUUUUGUAUUUUUCAUGUAUAAACAAUAAAAUAAUUUUAUUGUAUGAAUUUUGGUUUUGCACCUUUCCUUUACGCCAGUACCAAUGAAACUGCAUGAAACAUUUUGGGGGUUUUUGUGCUGGGCAGGCCACUUGAAAGCUUGCCCGAAUUUUUUUGGAGAUUGUAUAUUUAAAUGCCUUAAACCCUGGUUUCCAUAAAUCAUAAUAAUCGUGAUCUCGCAACAAGUCUAUCUCUGGCAUUUAUUAUAGUGGGAAUCCUAUAGUGAUGGCCGUGACUCAAACAAAUAAAUCUUAACAAAAAUCCCAACCUUUUUAGAAUUUUUUCAUACGAUUAACUCAUUAAUGCCCGUAUGCGCCCUGAGAUUGACAAGUGGGUAACAGGACAAUGUGCCCGCCAUGCACCCUCAAAUAACACCUCAACUUGAGGGCAUGAUAUUUGAUAUUCACGCGCGACAAAAUGGCACUAAUGUGGUUUCUCACGUCUGACAAACAACCAAAGAUGAAAGUUCUUAUUUCACCCUUUUAUAGCUAUGUGGAAUACCUGAAUAUUAGGUUAUCUUUUUCAUGUGAGCAUAUAGAUAACAUUUCUACACAAUAGUCCUUAUGAAGGCUUAUUUCAAACUAAAAAAAAGCGAUUGUUUUUCAGAGCCAGACUUCAAAAGAGAACGCGUGUCUGACAUUUUAUAGCAGCCUACAUUGGCACGCAAAAUAAUUUUGGCUAAAAACCGUUGCUUUUCCAACAAAAACAUGAAACAAUUGAGCUAAAAGUCUUACCUGAUGUAUGUUUAAAAUGUUUUUCUUUUUAUGGUGUUUUUCAGUGCUUUGAGUAGAGAGGUUAAUAUCUUUUGGUUUUGUCACCACAAUUUGCCUUUGAAAAUGUCGGCUGUCAUUGUCUGUGUUAAAAACACCUCAGAAAAUUCCUAUUUUCUCACAAUCCCAUCCUUGGUUUAUAUUGAAAAUAAAUAGAUUCUAGUACCAUAUGUCCUUAUAAAUAUAUUUGAAGCAAUUAAAAACUUGAAAGAUGUACAAGCACUGUGUUUUGGUUUGCACACUUUGUUGAAUUUGAACACUUACUGUUCUAAAUUUCAUGUUGUAAUCACAUCUUGCCCAAAAAAAGCAAAGGAGUAUAUUUUAUAAUUUUUGAUAAUUUUCUAAUUCAUAUCCCAAUAGAUGAAAAUUGGUUAUAAUAUAGAUAUGUACCAAUUUAGUAAAUAAUUUUUUUUUGUUUUUAUAUAAAUUUAUGGAGAUAUUUGCCCCUUUAGGUGAUGAGUGACAUGAAAAACAAAAUGUCAACUGCUUUAGAAAUAAAAAUUCUCAUUGAAAAAACUAAUGAUAUACAUAGGUAUGCAAGUUCAUUUAAACUAAAUGUGGUCAAUCAUAUAUCAAUAAAAUUUGGUAGAAAAGACCAGAUUUUUUCAUGGAACUGUUUCUGAGAUAUUGCCAUUUUGGUGAAAGCUCUUGAAUUCAAUCACGUAUUCGCCAUAUUGCUUGCACGUUGGGAGGUAGAAACUUUCUAACAGCUUGUGCGUUAAUGAGUUAACCGGUAUUUGAGCUCAUUAAUUAUUUCUUAAAUUGUUGGAUCUCUUAUUCUUUAACUAUGCUGUAAAAUGUCACAAUGCUCCAUUAAUUAACAGUAACAUCGAUCGAUGUGCAGAUACAUGUACGCCUAGCGUACAUAUUUUUUCUAUUGUUUUCAGUCAGGUUUUCGACCAGGUGAUUCCACAGUUAUGCAAUUAGUUUUUGUUGUUAAUAAAAUUUAUCAAGCAUUAGAAAUAGGAAAUGAAGUAUGUGCAGUAUUUCUUGAUAUUUCCAAGGCAUUUGAUAAGGUUUGGCAUAAAGGUUUAUUAGCCAAACUUAAAAGUGUUGGCAUAAAUGGCCCCUUACUUCAAUGGUUUGAAAGUUAUUUGACUGAAAGAUAUCAAAGCGUAACCAUUGAGGGAAAGAGCUCUCACUGGGCACAUAUUGAAGCCAAAGUACCUCAAGGAUCUGUUCUUGGACCAUUGUUAUUUCUGAUUUAUAUCAACGACAUAGCUGAUGUUUCUUCCACUGGUUUUCUUUUCGCUGAUGAAGUCAUAUCGCCGAUUGACUAA